CGCAGGCAGGAGCGUUUAAACGCGAUAUAUUUAUAAAAGCAUCCUUCAUUAUAGAGAAGCGCUGUCGCUAACCGGAACGGGACACAGCACCGAGUGGAAACAUAUUUAUGUCGGUUUAGCGAUCGUUUUUAUUUUGAAAAAGCAGGAACACCGCCAGUGAUGAUCGGGAUGUAUCGCAUGAUUUCUGGUGACUGUGUGGAAACAGAGAGAGAUUCGCGCGUGCUAAAACACAGUGAGAGUUUGAUGGAGUUUCUGUGAACAAAUGAAGGACAACCAGACUGAUAUUUAAUUAUUUUAUUCUUCAGUAAAAUAAAGUGCACGAUGUUUGACUGUAUGGAUGUGUUAUCGGGACACAUGCUGGAGUUUUACUCGUCCAGUUCCUCGUCGUGUAUGUUACAGGAGAAAGCGCUCAAAGCGUGCUUCAGCUGGCAACACCGACGCACCAAACACUCCAUUGAGACUCAGAGCACCAGUUCUGAGGAAUUGGUCCCCAGUCCUCCAUCACCUCUACCCCCUCCUCGUAUCUACAAACCUUGCUUCGUCUGCGAGGACAAGUCCUCGGGGUACCACUAUGGUGUCAGUGCCUGUGAAGGCUGCAAGGGUUUUUUCCGCAGAAGUAUCCAGAAGAACAUGGUCUACACAUGCCACAGGGAGAAGAACUGCAUUAUCAACAAGGUGACUCGGAAUCGCUGUCAAUACUGCCGGCUACAGAAGUGCUUCGCUGCGGGAAUGUCCAAAGAGUCUGUCCGGAAUGACAGGAAUAAGAAGAAAAAGGAGAUUCCAAAGCAGGAUUUGGCCGAAAGUUAUGAGCUGACAGCAGAACUAGAGACCAUCAUUGAGAAGAUACAGAAAGCUCACCAAGAGACGUUUCCUUCACUCUGCCAGCUGGGCAAGUACACCACGAUACUGCGUAUCUGCACACGUUACACCCCCGACCAGGACACAAUGACGUUCUCUGACGGUCUCACGCUGAACCGCACACAGAUGCACAACGCUGGCUUCGGCCCGCUGACAGACCUAGUAUUCACCUUCGCCAACCAGCUCCUGCCCAUCGAGAUGGACGACACAGAGACGGGACUGCUGUCUGCCAUCUGUCUCAUCUCCGGAGAUCGUCAGGAUUUGGAAGAGCCUUCAAAAGUAGACCAGCUCCAGGAACCCCUGCUAGAGGCUCUGAAAAUCUACGUGCGAAAGCGCAGACCCAGCAAACCACACAUGUUCCCCAAGACCCUGAUGAAGAUCACAGACCUGCGCAGCAUCAGUGCUAAAGGUGCAGAGCGAGUGAUCUCUCUGAAGAUGGAGAUCCCUGGAUCAAUGCCUCCCCUCAUCCAGGAGAUGCUGGAGAACUCAGAGGGUCAGGACGGACAGAGCUCCUCAGAGCGGAGCGGCUCGGGCAAAAACAGCAGCAGCUCCACGGAGCCCAAGGCCUCGGCCCCCUCCCCGGAGCCCACAGACGGGGCCACUUCCUCCAGCGAGGAGCCCUAGAACAUUAACCCUCAGACAGUACUGGUAGACUGGAGGCCGAUCUCUCCAGUGUGUUGACUUCUGGUUGAUUUCCGCCCAUUUCCUGCUUUAAGAACAUCUUGAGAUAAUCAAGUCCUACAGUAUCAUAGGACUGAAUCACACACACACCCUGAAUCAGAUGCCCACCUGUGACAGAUGUGAAGCUCCUCAGGUCUCCUGUAUGGAUUCUUCAUGUGCAUGAUAAGCUGUUACUUUUUAUUCAUUGAU